AUGGCGUUGAAAUCCCCUCGGGUUAUCCAAGGUUUGAAAGUUGCAGCUGCAAUGCGACAAAGAUUGUCCCACAGUAUACGUCUUGUUAGCCGUUGGGUGCUACCGUACACUGCAGUAAGGUAUACUUACUGGGAUUUGGCCCACAACUUGUUUGAUUUCUCCUUUCAUUCGCCAGAGUCCCUUGAGGCGCUUGUGGAGGCAGUCGUGGCGGAAUUCUUUGCCCUAAGGUUUUACGACUACUGUGAAGGUCAUUGCCCUUUCCAUUUGUUCACGAACUCUGUCCGAGAAACAGACAAAGAUCAUCAAACUACAGAGCAAGAAAUGUACCAGAAAAAGUCUCUUCCAAGUACAAUUCGUGCUCCAUCAAUUCGAAUAAAAAAUGCAAAAGGUGUAUUUCAUGAUAAAUUAGGUACUUCGAGCAGCGAUGUUAAUAGUCUCGAAUGGCUUGACGUAAUCGAUCACUGUCCAGUGUAUCAUCCAUCCAAGGAAGAAUUUGAGGACCCUUUGAGAUUUGUUCAGAAGAUUGCUCCUGAAGCAUCGAAAUUCGGGAUUUGUAAGAUUGUUUCUCCCCUGAGUUCUUCACCUACGCCUGCUGGUGUUGUGUUGAUGACUGAGAAAAAAGGUUUCAAAUUUUCAACUCAAGUUCAACCAUUGCGCCUGGGGAAAUGGAAUAACGAGGAUAUGAUCAGUUUCCUCAAUAGAGGAAGAAAUUAUACUCUUCGCGAGUUUGAGGUUAUGGCGAAUAAGGAGGCAGCUCGUAGGUAUGGUGUUUCUGGAUGCUUGCCUCCAGCUUAUGUGGAAAGGCAGUUUUGGAAUGAGAUGAUAAAUGGAAAGAAGGGAACUGUUGAGUACGGGGUCAAUGUAGAUGGUACCGCUUUCUCAAGUUCUUCUUCUGAUUUGCUCUCAGGAAGUAAUUCCAACUUGGAGGCAUUUCCUCACCACAAAAGUUCCGCCUUGCGUUUGGUGGAGAAUGAUAUUCCGGGAGUAACAGGACCUAUGCUUUACAUAGGAAUGCUCUUCAGUAUGUUUGCUUGGCAUGUUGAGGAUCAUUAUUUAUACAGUAUUAAUUAUCAUCACUGUGGCGCGUCUAAAACGUGGUAUGGGGUUCCUGGUAGUGCAGCCCUUCAGUUUGAGAAGGUUGUCCAGCAUUCUGUUUAUGAUCAAGAAAUACUAUCUGUGAAGAGUGAGGAUGGUGCUUUCAAUGUUCUUGCAAACAAAACGACAAUGUUUCCGCCUAAAAUUCUGCUUCGACACGGCGUCCCAGUUUACAAGGCUGUUCAAAUGCCAGGGGAGUUUGUGAUUACCUUUCCAAGAGCAUAUCAUGCUGGAUUCAGUCAUGGCUUUAAUUGUGGUGAGGCGGUAAAUUUCGCAACUAAUGAUUGGUUCCCAUUUGGAAUUGAAGCUAGCCACCGAUACGCGGUACUCACCAGAAUGCCAAUUAUUCCCUAUGAGGAGCUUCUCUGUAAAGAAGCAAUGCAACUUUCACAGGCUUCAGACCAUGGUACUCGAUCACGAUCAGAUUUCUUAGCCUCUCUCCGUGGUUUGAAGAUUUCAUUCGUCUUCCUAUUGAGGUUGCAUCAUUAUGCUCGAUGGAGGAUAAACAAAUUGAAACCAUCUUUGAAUCUACAAACAAGAUCUGAGAGGACCAUCAUCUGCAUUCUUUGCAGACGGGAUUGUUACCUGGGAUACUAUACUUGUCAAUGUUAUACUGAUCCCAUAUGUAUCUUCCAUGAAAGCCUCAUCUUUAACUGUCCAUGUGGGAGCGAUUGUCAUCUUAUAAUUCGCGAUGGCAUACUUAAAAUGGAGGCUUUGGCAAAAACGUUUGAUCAGGGGAGAGAAAUUAAUCAUGAAGUCGAGAACCAAAUUAAACGAUUCUCUUACUUGUGGAAGUCCGACAAGGUUCUCAAGGUUGAAGAUGAAUAUGCUCCUUUUUCUGAGAUCAAAUGUACCAAGAAGAGAAGACGUGAACCUGUUGAGAAAUCUAAGAUUAGACUGAGAUUUCCCAGGAAAGCUCACAGAUACAGAAGGCUAGCCAAGAAUCUCGUCGUUCCUAAAUGCUCUCAUGGGAAGGUCGUGAAGCGUACUUUGAAAUAUAAUGCAUGA